CACCACCACACCAUGGCCUUCUCGCAUCUCCUGCGCCCACUCGGCGCGCACAGCCUGCGCAUCGCCAGCAGCAGCGGCAGCGGUGCAGCGGCAGCACGCAGCGUGCGCCCGGCGCUGCGUCUGGCCCGCGCCGCCGGCCUCAGCCUCGCCGCCGCCGCGCCGCUCUACACCUGCGCCCCGCUGCUGCGCGCCGACGACGGCGUCAACACGGCCCGCAGCGCCUCCAGCUCGCUCUGGCGCGAGGCCAGCCCGCUGGCGAUGCGCCGCCAGCCGGUGCACCUCGUCUUCAUGACGCGCGAGGGCGAGGGCCGCGACAAGUGGAAGUCGUGGGUGGGCUACUUCCGCGACGCCGGCUACGAUUGCCAGCUGCUCAACAUUGCUGUGGAGGGCGGCGAGGCCACCGUGGAGCGGCUGGGCGAGGAGCUCACGGCGCAGCUGCGUCUGGCCGCGACGCAGCGGCAGCCGCUGCUGCUCGUGCGCGGCGACGCCGGCAGCGAGGUGGCGCUGGCGCAGGUGGCUGGCAGCGACCCGCGCAUCAGCGGCCUCAUCGUCGUCGGCGCAGAGCACUUCGAUGGCGAGGGCCGCGCGCCCAAGAAGCUGCGCGUGCUCGUCGUGCCGCACGACGCAGACGAGAAGAGCGUCAAGGACGUCGAGCGCUGGAUGAUCAGCCAAGGCUACUCCUAGCCCGCUCACUGCACGCGAUGGAAAUGCAAGCACAGGUGCCAAACGGAUAUAUCUUUUGCGACG